UUAAAUUGUAUUCAAACUUUUUUAUUUUGAUAGUUGUCUUCUCCCGCUGAUCCACACACCGCCCUUGGCCGGUACCGCAUCGCCCGCACUUCAUUUCCAACAACUAACCACCGGUGGACGUGGAUCCUAAUAAAACCCAUCCAAAUCGCGAAGAGAGACAUAUUCCAAAAACCUGAGAACUGAACCCCCAUUUCUGAACCCGGCCGCCACCGUCAUUCUUUACGAUAUCGCUCCAGUUCAGCCGCGCAAGGGAUUCUGCUGCCGUCGCUAAGUCCAGUCAAGUCACCGCUGCCUCUGCUCUUCUCCUUUCCGACCACGAGGAUCCCUGUUGCCGUCGCGCAACUCUCCUUCGAUCGGACCAAGUGAACCGCAAAAUUAGGCCGUUAACCCAAAUAUUCUCUAACUCUCUCUCUCUCUCUCGCGUUCUCUCACUCACGCCCCCGUAUCCCUGCAUCUGUCGAGCUCGAUCAACCGACGCGACCGUCGUCAAUCUCAAUCCAGCCAGAUAGUUCUGAGGCACUUUAUUUGACAAGGCAAAGAGGAUCUCCUGCUACUACUGGACGAUUUGAUAGAUCACCUGCCCAUCCGUUUCUUUCAGGUAGUGGUAGUAGAAGAAAAAACGAGCAAAAGAAAUGGCAGAGGACAAAGGCAUAGCAGAAGGAGGAAAGAAUGGGCCAAGAGUAAUUGAUGAAAAGAAGCCCAAGGGUAUUAUGUCUCGUAUUUGGAAUGGCAUUUUUAGAUUCCAUGGCGACAAUGUUGAGAAGAGACUGCACAGCAUUUCUAAGGAAGAAGCUGCUGUUUUAUCAAGGAUGAAAAGGAGAUCCCUUACAUGGAGGAAGAUGACUAGGCAUCUCAUUAUUUUCUCGGUCAUUUUUGAGGUAAUUGCAGUAGGCUAUGCUAUUAUGACGACAAGAUCAAUGGAUUUGAAUUGGAAGAUGAGGGCAUUUCGGGUCAUGCCUAUGUUUCUUUUGCCUGGUAUAUCAUUCCUUGCUUAUUCAGCAUUUGUGAGCUUCAUGACUAUGUGUGAUCGAAAGGAUCAUGAAACUCUUGGAAGGUUGCGAGCUGAGAGGCAAGCAAAAAUUGACGAACUUAAAGAGAAGACAAAUUACUACACUACACAACAACUCAUUCAGAGAUAUGAUCCAGAUCCAGCAGCAAAGGCAGCUGCUGCAACUGUCCUCGCAUCUAAGUUGGGUGCAGAUUCUGGCUUGAAAGUUUACAUGGGAGAUGAAGCUAAGCUCAAUGAUUCAACAGGGAUGAGCAAUGAUGUUGAGUUUGUGCAAGCUGGUAGCCUUAGAAAUAGAAAGCAAGUACAUACUAGAUCCAUUACUGCAGGGAGUUCUCCAGUGCUUCAUCAUGAUGAAGAAAUGUUAUGCCCUGCGCAGAGUGAAGGUCUUCAAACUUCUGAGCAAAAUCAGCUUGUUGUUGAGCAUCACAGUCCACACGGUUCUGCUGUGCAUGAUGGGGGAUGGAUUGCUCGAUUAGCAGCAUUACUUGUGGGUGAGGAUCCUACACAAUCUUAUGCACUGAUAUGUGGGAACUGUCACAUGCACAAUGGACUAGCCAGGAAGGAGGAUUUCCCAUACAUUACUUACUACUGCCCACACUGUCAUGCCCUGAAUCAGCCAAAACAUUCAGAAGGGUGUGCUUCUGGUAUUAAUUCCCCCAGUUUGGGCAAUUUGAAAGGUGAAGACAAUGUUGAAGUCAUGAACAAUGCCAGCAACUCUUUGGGUGAGAACAUUCUCCCAGGUGGCAGCAGCCCUAUUAGAGCUGAUUCAGAAAAAGAGCAAGCGAAAGCAUAACAUCAGGGGAGUUGGCUAGUUAAGAUUGCACAUACAGGUGAUGGAUUUUGCAAUGUUUAGCCUAUUAUUUAUCGGUCGGGUAUGGGUUCCAUUGAGUGAGGAUUUGCAAUAGUUUUGCUUCAUGUGUUUGUGUAACAAGAUAUAUGCGAUUACAGGUGAUGGAUUUUAUAAGGUUCAGUCUAUAAUCUGAUUUGUAAGUAUGAUUAUUGAAUGAUUGAUACGAUACUGUUUUACAUGAGCUUAGUGGGAGAUUUGUCAGCUGGAGAUUCAAGCAGAUGAAAGGGGGCCAAAACCCGUUGGAGCUGUUGGAGUUGUUGCUGUAACUGAAUUGUAACAACUUACUUCUUCAUUGUAUAUAAAAACACCAAUAGUGUACUGAGGAAGGGGGAACGAGAAUUAAUUGGUCUUCUCUCCUGUUCUUCUUCUGGAAGUUCUUUCUAUCUGUCUAUUUCUCUAUUUCUGUCUUCUACCUGAUCUUGUUAAUGGAAAGUUGUUCAUUUCUCA